UCCUGGCCCCGUGUCUGGUGGGGCUUGGAGGGGUCCCCCAGCUGGGCGGGCUGCAACUGCUGCAGCCACGGCGCUGGGACCGCGCUGCCCGCCCUGCCUUGGGCUGCCUCAGUAACUGGUUGUUCAUUCGCCUGUCGCCCGCAGAAGCGGAGAGGAGGGGGCCGUGGGUGGCGAUGGCUGAGCAGGAGGCGCUGGCCGAGCAGGAGAGCAAGGCGGGAAGUUUUGCGCGCAGCCGCGUGAGGAAAAGCGCAGUGGGACCAGAGAGCGGCUCCCCCGCCUGUGUGAGGCUGUGCAGGAGGACGUCCGUGCCCGGGGCCAUAGCCAGCAGGUGGCCCAGGAGAAGCUCCAGGCCGACAUCUAUGAACGGGUGAACACCUGCAACAUGCUGCUGCACCAGGUGAGGCAGCGGAGACAAGUGCGGGAGGAGCUGCAGAGGCGGCUGCAGCAGCUGCAGGAUGCUGCGAUGCCUGACAAGCGGCAGCAGGCACAGGCGCAGGCCAUUUGCCAGCUGGAGAAAAACAUUGAGAAGGUGCUCCUCAAAGUCCACACUGGACAGAAGGUGACUGCCCUGUACCUGGCGGUGCGGGAUGUCCUGAGGAAGGAGCUGGCCCACCUGCCUCCGCACCUGGACCUCCUGUGCAAGAUGGCCGAGCUGUAUGGUAGGGAGCUCCAGGACAUGGAUCUCAUGGCCUUGGAGGCCUGCAAAGCCGCUGACAGAGCCAAGGAGGACGCAAACAGGACGCGCAGCCGGAUCCUUGCGGAGAGAGCGCGCAUGUACCGCUCCCGGGCCACCCAGGAGGUCUCUGUAGACACAGGGUGGCGGAAGGACGUGUACCAAAGACACCUGAGAGCGCAGGAGAGGCACGAGCUCACCGUGGACUCCCCGACCCCGGCCUCACAGGACCAGCUCGUGGGCACCAGUCUGGAGGCCGUCAGGUCCCAGAUGGAGCACGAGGCCAGGGUCACGCAGAAGAUGCAGCAGGCCAAGGCUGCGCUGCAGUGCUCCAGGAUCUGGGACAUACCCGGCAGGCUCCUGGAACAGCAGAAGUCCUCGGCGGACCUGGAGCAGUGCAUCAAGGAGGGCGAGGAGAAGAAGCGGGCACUGGCGGAGAGGCUGCACGAGCUGGAGCUGAACCUAGCUAAGCUGAAGUUUCACCAGCCCUCCAACACAAGCAGGGUGCUGGAGGAGGAGCUGCGGCUGAAACUGCAGUGCCAAGAGGCUCGGCUGGAGGACAUGCGGGCCCAGAUGAUGAGGAGCAAGGAUGUUCUGCUCAAAUGUGAAGAGGACAUCGACAGCCUUUUCGUCCGCCUGCAGGGCAUCGCCGUGCCCGGCCAGGAGGAUCCCGUCAAGGCCAUGGCGGUGGAGGAGAAGCUGCAGCACUGUGAGCAGAAGCUGCGCUACCUGGUGCAGCGGGUGGCCAGCCUGCCCCACGACUGGCGCAGCCCCAACAAGGACAACAAGGUGCGCGGGGGCUCCAUCCCUGCUGUGGCCUUUGGGCACCCGCACGGGGCUUUCCCAUACGGCCCAUCCCAAGCGUCCUCCCAGCUGGCAGGAUGGAGGUGGCGCCAGGGGAGAGCCAUGGAGCAGCUCAGCCCCCGGUGGCACGGGGCACUGCAGGGUGUGCCCCGCGCGGGGACCUCGAGGUGGGGCAGCCCUUGGCUUGGAACACCCACCUCCCCUUCAGCAAGUAACCCAGAGUGUCUUCCACAGAUUUUUGCCGAGGUCCGUAAUUUACUAGAGAACACCACUGCGGAUCACCCACAGAACCUGAGGGUUUCCUUGGAGGACGCAGGCAGCGGCCAAGGUAGGAGAGCACAGCGAGGACACGUGCCACAGCAACCAUCCCAGCCCCUGCCCGUGGGGAUUCCUGGGCAUCCUUGCCUGUCUUCCACUGUCCCAGCAGAGCCCAACCCACGAGCUGCUUGUCCCAGGUGCUGUGGGACAAGGAGGGAGAGCCUUGGCUUCAAAAUCACCUGGUUGUGGCCUCCUCCUGUUGGAUGUUCUUGGGGGAGACCACGAGCUUUUGGCAGCUCUCUACUGUGUUUUUAACAAAGCGGGAGCUGUACCCACCACCCCCUGGCUCCAGGCCUUUCUGGGAAGCGCCAGCAGUGUUGAAGAGGGGCCACAGCGGUGGCAACCCCAGGCUCUGCAGGUCCCCCUGGGAUGCGGGGCUGGCAGAGCCAGUCGGCAGUGCCUGUGCCUCAGGGCUCCGCACGAGGGCUCUCUGGGAUGCCACCAGCCCUGCAAAAGGUGCCGGCUCUGCCCAGGGACACGAGCGCACAGAGCCUCCACAGCCCACUCCUCUCCACUCUCUCCUCAGAGUCCUUGGAUUCUGAUGACGAAUCCUGUGGCCUUGUCCUCACCCGGGAGGGCAUCAAGAAGCAGGGGCUGCUCCUGAUGAAAAGCAAGCAGCGUGGCAAGAAGUAGCAGUUUCUCCAGCA